AUGGGAAGUGUGCGAGCCAGCCGCUACAGCAUUGUGUCAUCAGAGGAGGACGGCAUGAAGCUUGCCACUAUGGCAGUACCCAACGGCUACGGUAACGGCAAGGGCAAAGUGCACACGAGGCACCAGCCACAAAGCCGAUUUGUAAAGAAAGACGGUCACUGCAAUGUGCAGUUCAUCAACGUUAGCGAGAAAGGUCAGCGCUACUUGGCUGACAUCUUCACUACGUGUGUGGACAUCCGCUGGAGGUGGAUGUUCAUCAUCUUCUGCCUCGCCUUUCUCCUGUCAUGGCUGUUCUUCGGCUGCAUCUUCUGGCUGGUGGCCAUCUUCCACGGGGACUUAGAGAACGGCUCACCGAAGUGCGUCUCCAACGUGAGCAGCUUCACCGCUGCCUUCUUAUUCUCCAUUGAGACUCAAACUACUAUUGGCUAUGGUUACAGAUACGUAACAGAUGAGUGCCCUGUUGCUGUCUUCAUGGUGGUUUUCCAAAGCAUCGUGGGCUGCAUUAUUGAUGCCUUCAUCAUUGGCGCUGUCAUGGCAAAGAUGGCUAAACCCAAGAAGAGGAAUGAAACUUUGGUUUUCAGCCAUAACGCCACUGUGGCCAUGAGGGACAACAAGCUCUGUUUGAUGUGGCGUGUGGGCAACCUAAGGAAAAGUCACCUGGUUGAAGCACAUGUGCGAGCACAGCUCCUAAAAUCCCGAACGACAGCAGAGGGAGAAUACAUCCCCCUCGACCAGAUGGACAUAGAUGUUGGCUUCGAUAGUGGGGUUGACCGUAUCUUCCUGGUCUCCCCUAUCACCAUCGUCCACGAGAUCGAUGAGGGCAGCCCCUUCUACGACAUGAGCAAACAAGACCUGGACUCCUCAGAGUUUGAAAUCGUAGUCAUCCUGGAGGGCAUGGUGGAGGCCACCGCCAUGACCACACAGUGCCGUAGCUCCUACGUGGCCAGCGAGAUCCUCUGGGGCCACCGGUUUGAGCCUGUGCUGUUUGAGGAGAAGAACUACUACAAGGUGGACUACUCUCGCUUCCAUAAGACAUAUGAGGUGCCGAGCACCCCGCUAUACAGCGCAAGAGACCUUGCAGAGAAAAAGUUCAUUCUCUCAAACUCCAACUCCUUCUGCUACGAAAAUGAGAUGGCGCUGGAGAACAAAGAGGACACGGACGAGGGGAACGGGGGCAGCGUUGGGCCCGACGGCACCCAGACAGACAACAUCUCAGAGACCGAACACAACCAAGCCACAGUGCCACUGGAGCCCCGGCCUCUGAGACGAGAAUCAGAAAUAUGA